GGGACUGGAUAGUCUUCGACUUAUGCAUGUUUCGUUCAGAAGCACUUCAGUUUUCAGAAGUUCUAUGACUAGGAGCGCCAAAUUGUGAUUAGCCUGACGUUGUUGCAGGGUCUGUUUCUGCCUCUCAAGCGUGUGUUGGCCGAGUUCGUCAUAGACUUGUUUUUCACUCGGACAGAAAAUAUGAUAGAAAGCUGGCAUUUUAGCGCUGCGAUAUUAUGACAGAAGCGUCACUAGAUUCAGAAUAUAAGAGGAUCUAAACAAUAAAUUGAUUCUCUUGACGGUGGAUGUGGGCUUCAGAUAGAAAAAAAUUGUAUGAACGAUUUGUUCUUUUGAGGAUCAGGAUAUUUGCAGAAUUGGAAGCCAUCUGUGCGAAGGCGGAGACAUUCAUCAUCGAUGUGUCCAAAAGGAAUGAACACCAUGUCUGGAGUGAGGUCACCGACGACCAUGAUUGUAAGCGUGGUUUUCCUGUGGGCGGUGUGCUGGGUGAGCACGUCUAGCUGUUCCGGAGAGUUGGGCUCGGAUGUAGUGAAGACCGUAGGCGAAUUGCAGUUCCAAGAUGAUGGCAUUAGCACCUUUAGCAGUUCCGCUGCUCCGGCGCCGAAAUCAUCAGGCGACACGAUCUCACUGGCGAACGGCGAUUUUGAGUUAACUAAUAUAACGGCAAUGACUACCACCUUGGCGGACAGCACGUCGACCUCCAUCCCCAACUGGAUAGCUGGGGGCGCUGGCGUUCAGAUUCUUGUGAACACCAAUUAUAGCAUGGCCAAGGGCACGCCCAGCGUGUACUGCAUCCACCUGAACAACCCCGAUGCCAUUAUCAACGGCACGCAAGGAACCAUAUCCACGACGCUGGCCGCCAACGCGGAGACGGGCAAGACCUACACGGUGCACUACGACGUGGCUCGGAUGCCGGACGCCCCCAUGAACCUGUGGCCGGCGCUGAAGGUGUCGAACAUCCAAGGUGGCACUGUUCGCGAAUAUGCGAUCAAGCAGCCGGUGUAUAACAUGACCGACUCGAGGUCGCAGAUCACGUGGACGAAGCAGAGCUUCGUGUACACAGGCACGGGGGUAUCGACGGUGAUCAAGUUCGAGAGCAUGUCGGAGAAGUAUGGGCCCAUGAUCGACAACGUCGAGACGCUGAGUGGGAAACACGAGCUGGCCGCGGCGCCGCCAUCGAAGAUAUCUGGGCUGAGUCAGAAACUGGUGCCGCUAUUCACACUCGUCGCCCUCGCCAUGUCUCACUGCUCCCCAGCUUUCUCCACCACCAUCGCCACCUAGCCUGCGAAUCCUGCCAUCUUCUAUUCCUCUUCUUCAUCGUCGUUUCGUUUGCAGCUUCAAUGCCGUCUUGAAAAAGCACAAGCAGCACAAGACUGGGUCAUGGUGUGCUAUUCUUGUGAGCUGCAUCGCAUUCUGUUGCCAUGGCUGCAACGCUCAGUUCCACAAGAUUUGAACCCAAACUAGGUCUACUACUCCAUCCAUGCUUGCAGCUUUGGAGCCUUCGCACUCACUUGUCUGAUGAAACUUGACAUUCUAGUGUUGCCAAUGGAUGCUGUAAUUGCUUCUUCUCUCUCCUUUGUUUUGCAUUACAUUCUUUGGUUGGAAGUGCUUGAUUUUGUACGUUGAAUUGGGCUCAUAGUAGGGAUCAGUUGAGGGAAAUGACUUCCAAAACAAUUCUGAAAAAAAAUACACAUGGUUCCAUUCCCUUGUGAA